CCAGCGUGGGCUGCACUCAGUGCAGAAUACAGGCCCUUGGAGAGAAUUUUUACCUCCUGAUUUCCGACCAUGCCACCGCUGACAAUGGCUCGGUAAAGAAGCUGCAUUUUUGAAACGAGUAACUAGAGGCCGGGUCCUAUUAAAGGCCAAAGCCGCUUCCUGCGGGGCCCAAAUGCAGGGCCGAGUUGGAGGGGGGUUUCGAGUCACGGGGAGCCCAUUGCCCAGCCUCUGACGGCGAGCGGGGCUCUCCGGGGAAGGGCUCCAGGCUUGCAGACCACUAGGGGUUUGGGCUCAGGAGGAGUCACCGCUCUGGGCGAGGCGCCGAGCAGCGGCGGAGAGGCGGCAGCGGGAGGGCUGGACCCCGGCCCCCUUGGCCUCCCUGCACCCACACGCCCCCAUCGCUCCGUCUCACUCCGCAGCCGCCCGCCGCCUGUCGCGGCUGCGGUCGGAAGGAGCCGGGGCCGGGCCGGCCUGUGGCGAGCGCGGGCCCGGCCGCAGGGGGCGGGCUGGAGGAGCGGGAGAAGCGCCUCCCUCCAGGUGCCGGGGGCUGGAGUCCGGAGAGAGACGCGGCGCGGCUGCUGCUGGAGGCUGGUCGCGGGAGUGCUGAGUGAAAGGGUAAUACAUAGAGCUGUAGCACUGAAUCCUUUGGCCAGCCUUCUCAUUCAGGGAAAUCAUUGUAAGCUUGGUGUCUUGGAAAUAUGGAAUCAAUCUCUAUGAUGGGAAGUCCUAAGAACCUCAAUGAAACCUUCUUACCAAAUGGUGUUAAUGGUAUCAAGGAUGCCAGUAAGAUCACAAUCGGCAUAUUUGGAAGUGGAGACUUUGCCAAGUCCCUGACCAUUAGGCUUAUAAAAUGUGGAUAUCAUGUGGUCGUAGGAAGCAGAAACCCUAAAUUUGCUGCUGAGUUCUUCCCACAUGUGGUUGAUGUUACUCACCAUGAAGAUGCUGUAGCAAAAACUAACAUCAUUUUUGUCGCCAUACACAGAGAACAUUAUGCCUCUUUGUGGGACCUCAAGCAUUUACUUAUAGGUAAAAUCCUUGUAGAUGUUAGCAACAAUAUGAGAGUGAAUCAGUAUCCAGAAUCCAAUGCAGAGUAUUUGGCCUCCCUGUUCCCAGAUUCGCUGAUUGUCAAAGGAUUUAAUGUCGUCUCAGCCUGGGCACUGCAGUUAGGACCAAAGGAUGCCAGCAGACAGGUCUUUAUAUGCGGUAACAACGUUAAAGCUCGCCAUCAAGUUCUUGAACUUGCCCGACAGCUGAAUUUUAUUCCCAUUGAUUUAGGGGCAUUAUCUUCUGCAAGGGAGAUUGAAAACUUACCUCUGCGGCUGUUCACAUUGUGGAAAGGGCCGGUCGUGGUGGCUGUUAGUUUGGCCACUUUUUUCUUCAUCUAUUCUUUCAUCAGAGAUAUAAUACAUCCGUACGUGAGAAAUCAGCAGAGCGACUUUUACAAGAUUCCCAUUGAGAUUGUGAACAAGACUUUACCAGUUGUUGCUAUUACUUUGUUGUCUCUGGUGUAUUUAUCAGGACUCCUGGCAGCUGCUUAUCAGCUUUAUUAUGGCACUAAGUAUAGGCGACUUCCUCCCUGGCUGGAGAGUUGGUUGCAAUGUAGGAAACAGCUUGGACUACUCAGUUUUUUCUUUGCUACCGUGCACGUGGCUUAUAGCCUCUGCUUACCUAUGAGGAGGUCUGAACGAUACUUGUUUCUUAAUAUGGCUUAUCAUCAGGUUCAUGCAAAUGUGGAAAAUUCUUGGAAUGAGGAAGAAGUGUGGCGAAUUGAAAUGUAUAUCUCCUUUGGAAUAAUGAGUCUCGGCUUGCUUUCUUUGUUGGCAGUUACUUCCAUCCCUUCAGUAAACAGUGCCUUAAACUGGAGGGAAUUCAGUUUUAUUCAGUCUACACUGGGAUAUGUCGCUCUGCUCAUAAGUACUUUCCAUGUGUUAAUUUAUGGGUGGAAGAGAGCCUUUGAAGAAGAAUACUACAGGUUUUAUACACCACCAAACUUUGUUCUUGCCCUUGUUUUGCCUUUUAUUGUAAUUGUAGGUAAGAUCAUUUUACUCUUUCCAUGUAUAAGCAGGAAACUGAGAAGAAUCAGAAGAGGCUGGGAAAAAAGCCAAGUUAUGGAAGAAAGAGGUGGGACUGUUCCACAUCUCUCACCAGAAAGGAUUACGGUGAUGUAAUGUUGGAAUAGUGUCCAUUAGGACUGUUACAGUUGUCACUGGUUUUUUUGUUUUAAAACUUGUGUUUUUAGGAGUUUAUAUAACUCACAGGUAAAAGUUGCUAUGGGCUUGCUUGACAUAUGGUACAAGCUCUCAGCCAAGGAAUGAGCAAUUUAUUUUUCUUCAGAAAAUUAAAAAAAAAUCACUUCAGUUUUAAGUUACAAGAGGGCAAACAAUGUGAAAUCAGGAUUUUUUUAAUGCUUCUUUGCACAAUUGUAUCACAAACAUUGUGGUUUUAUAAUUAAAAUCAAAUGUUCCAGACAGCAUUUCUUUGACUGAUAACAUAUGUUCCAGACAGUACUUCUUUUAUUAAAACCACCCUUUUUUAGUUAGUCAGGCCAGAAUGUAGAGCAGUGGUUCCCAAACUUGUUCCGCUACUUGUGCAGGGAAAGCCCCUGGCGGGCCGGGCCGGUUUGUUUACCUGCCGCAUCUGCAGGUUCGGCCGAUCGCGGCUCCCACUGACUGCGGUUUGCUGCUCCAGGCCAAUGGGAGCUGCUGGAAGUGGCGGCCAAUACAUCCCUUGGCCGAACCUGCGGAUGC